AUGAGAGAUAAUUUCACUUUUAAUAAGUAAAAUGACUUUUAGAAUAAUAACUAAAAUGAUAAAAGAAAAGACUAUGCAACAUUUUAAAUUUAAAAAGAAUCAAAAAAAUUGAUUUUGCAAGUAUUAGUAAUUUAAAGCAUAGUUAGAAUGGGGAUAUACGUUAAAAAUAAGAUUGCAACACUUAACUUUUAAAAAAGAAUUUUUAGAAAAUCAUCUCAGAAGAUUAGAAGUCAAAUGAUGUUUUUGAUAGAUUAUCAAAUGAUUAUUUUAAAAAUUUGUAAGUUUCUAAAGAAAAAUACUUAGGCUAAUUAGUAAAUAAUAAAAAUAACGAAAUAUAAACAGCAAAAUAUUAGUUGAAUAAUCAUAUAAGUGAUUAAUUUGCAUAAUAAUAAUAAUAAUAAUAAUAAUAAUAAUAAUAAUAAUAAUAAUAAUAAUAAUAAUAAUAAUAAUAAUAAUAAUAAUAAUAAUAAUAAUAAUAAUAAUAAUAAUAAUAAUAAUAAUAAUAAUAAUAAUAAUAAUAAUAAUAAUAAUAAUAAUAAUAAUAAUAAUAAUAAUAAUAAUAAUAAUAAUAAUAAUAAUAAUAAUAAUAAUAAUAAUAAUAAUAAUAAUAAUAAUAAUAAUAAUAAUAAUAAUAAUAAUAAUAAUAAUAAUAAUAAUAAUAAUAAUAAUAAUAAUAAUAAUAAUAAUAAUAAUAAUAAUAAUAAUAAUAAUAAUAAUAAUAAUAAUAAUAAUAAUAAUAAUAAUAAUAAUAAUAAUAAUAAUAAUAAUAAUAAUAAUAAUAAUAAUAAUAAUAAUAAUAAUAAUAAUAAUAAUAAUAAUAAUAAUAAUAAUAAUAAUAAUAAUAAUAAUAAUAAUAAUAAUAAUAAUAAUAAUAAUAAUAAUAAUAAUAAUAAUAAUAAUAAUAAUAAUAAUAAUAAUAAUAAUAAUAAUAAUAAUAAUAAUAAUAAUAAUAAUAAUAAUUAAUAAAACCUAUCAAUAAAUCUUUUAAUAUUUAAAAUAAUAAUGAACCUAAGAAAGUUGGAUUUGCUUCAGAUUGUAUAUUUUGGGAUUCUUCAAAAAAGAAAAAAAAUAAUGAUAAUUAAGAUUAGAUAAUAAGAAAUAAAUUAAUUAAUAGAGAGGGUAAAAAAUCAUUUUUCUUAGUGGAAUAAGAGUUAGAAAGAAAAAAAUUAGAUUCUUUAGAUAAUAAAUAUUUAUAGGCACAAGGAUAAAAAUAGAUAGAUGAAUUACUAAAUGAAGAUCACUAAUAUUGUUCAAUUAAAAUAUAGAAAAAAAAGAAUAAUGAAUAAGAUAGAUCUAAUUAAAUAAAAAGUAGUUUUGAAGAUCAUAUUGAUAAUUUUUAAUAACCUGAGAAUUAAGUUUUUGAAUACAAUAAGCUUCUAAAAUAUUUAUUUAAGAAAGAUUAUUUUGAUACAAGUAAAUAAGAUUUUGAAUUUAAUAAAAUACCUACUAAAUUUUAAGAUUGGGAGUAAUAUAGUAAAAUAUUUUAAUAAUUUUUCUUAAAUGAGGCUUGUGCUUAGAUUAAAUAAAGUUUUAUUGAAUUUAUGUUUAAAAUGAAAAAAAAUAAUAAAUACAGAAAAAUUUAAAUCAAAUUAGAUGAAUAAGAAGCUAAUAAAGAUGGAACUAUAUUUUAAAUUAGAAAAAUUUAUGAAGAAUAAAACAAUGAAUAAAAUUAAAUUUAAGAUAUAGAUGAAGAUAAUAAAUAAACAUAAGGUGUGAAAGGUUCAAAUUUUGAAGAGAUUAAAGAUGGAUAUUGCGAAUUAACAUCUUUAAAAAACUAUUUAGUAAUUAUCAGCAAUAAAUUUUAAAUUAAAUUAAGUCAACUUAAUUAAGUAAAUGAUUAAACAAUGCUUUUUUUUGGAAUCUUAAUUGAACCAUAAAAAGCAACAGUAAUUUAACAAAUAAGAAUGUAAACUUUUGUUCAAAGAUCAAGACUCAAUUCUUCACGUUGGUAUAAUGUGUUUCUAAUCCCAUUUAUGAAAAUAACUACUUUGAUUAGAGAAUUUUAAACUCUUUCAUAGUUAAGAUAUAUGAUGACACCUUUAUUUAAUAUAAUUUAUGAUCCAAAUUAAUAAUAACAUUUAAUGGGAACUGAAAUUGGAGGUUCAUGGACAGCAUAAUUUAGAAAUUAGAUUUCUAAUAGUGAAUGUUUAACUAAGUUUUUUAAAUUGGUAGAUAAAAAAUAUAAUUAAAGUUAAGCUAAUUCUAUAAAGGAAAUAUUGUAACAAGAGAAGGGCAUUAGUUUACUUUAGGGACCAGUAAAAUUUUGUAUAUAUUUAGCCUGGAACUGGUAAAACUCACACUUUGAUUGGAAUAUUAUCUGGGGCUUAUGAAUAUAUGAAAAUUAAUGAUAAAUUCCCAAGAAAAAAAAUAUUGGUAUUUCAUUAAAUUUUAAAUAAGAUCUGUGCACCUUCAAAUGCAGCAAUAGAUGAAAUCAUAUUAAGAAUUAUGAGACCAGAUAGUUUAUUUGAUUCAGAUGGUAAAUCACGAGAAGCUAAAGUAAUAAGAAUUGGAUUAAUUGAUGAGGAAAGCGAUUAUUCAGAUACUAUUAAAAAAGUCUCUUUAGAAUAUUUAGCCUAAAAUAUGCUAUUAAAAUCUUAAAUAGCAAAAUAAGAAGCAGAUUAAAAGACAACAGCUGAUUUAAGAAUAGAUAUUUGCAAGAUCUAAAACUAAAUUAAGAAAUUAUAGAAAAUAAAAAAAUAAGAUCCAACAGAUUAAUCUAUUAAUAGUGAAUAAAUAUCAAAAUUGAAAUCAGAUUUGUCAGUUAAAUAAUAAUAUCUAGAAAGAAUGAAAACAAAUAAAAUAUAAUAUAAAGAAUCAUAUAAUUUAUUUUGUGAAAAGAUAUUGAAUGAAUCUGAAAUUAUAUGUAGUACUUUAAAUUCAAGUGGAUCUGAAAAAUUAUCUAAAUAUAUGGAUUAAAUUGAAUUAUUAAUAGUAGAUGAGGCUGCCUAAUGUACUGAACCUUCUAAUAUUAUACCAUUAAGAUUAGGUGUUGAAAAAAUGAUUUUAAUUGGGGAUCCAAAAUAAUUAGCUGCUACAACUUUUUCAACAAUAUCAAAUACAAAUUUAUAUAAUAGAAGUUUAUUUGAAAGAAUUUUGGAUAAUAAUUUCUAACCUUAUUUCUUAAAUAUUCAAUAUAGAAUGGAUAGUGAAAUAAGAAAAUUUCCAUCCUUUGAAUUUUAUUAAAAUAAACUUAUAGAUCAUGAAUCAGUAAUUUAAAGAGAAUUACCUGAAAAUUAUUUUAAAAAGUAAAUGUUAUUUUUAGAUAUUAUUGAUGGAUAAGAAAAAAGAGAUAAUACAUCCUAUAUUAACGAAAAAGAAGCUAAAAUAGUUUUUUAAUUGAUAAAAAAUAUUAAAGAAUAAUUUAAAAAUUAAACUAUAGGGAUUAUAUCCUCAUAUAAAUCAUAAGUUAAACUUAUUUAAUCUUUAAUUAAAUAGAGUAACACAAAUUUAAAAGAUAUUGACAAUAAAAUAUUAAGUGUAAAUACGGUUGAUUCAUUUUAGGUAUUAUUUAAACUAAAAUAAGGGAUAAGAAAAAGAUAUUAUAAUUUUUAGUUGUGUUAGAUCGUCUGAAUGUAAAGGAAUUGGAUUCUUAAAUGAUGGUAGAAGAAUAAAUGUUGCAUUAACAAGAGCUAAAUAUGCAUUAUUUGUUAUUGGAAAUGGAUUAACUGUAUUUUUUUAUUCUAUUUAAGUUAUCUAAAGGAUAGUUAUGGAGAAACUUUUUGUAAAAUAUGCAAGAAAGAGAACUAUACAGAAAAAUAACCAAUAUAGAAGAUUAUUCUUUUUAAAAAAUACUCAAAGAUGAAUGGGAAGAUACAAAUAGAUAAAUGCCAUAAAAAUUAAUUGAAAAUUUAUAAUGCUAAAAAAUCUCUAAAAAUUGA